UGCCGGCAGCAACUCGGCGCCCGCAGUCCAUGGACCGGAACCCCGGGCCGACGGGCAGGAACCCCGGCCGCGAUCGUCGCCUCCCCGCCCCAGGCUCCUCCUCCUCGCUCCCCGCCACCACCUCUAGGCGUCCGGACGCCGCGCACGGCCGCCUCGGGGCUCGCGGAGCUGCCCCGGGAGGCUGGGUGGCAGGUUCGCGGCUGUCGCGGGACUGAGGCCUACUCCGCCACCUCUCAGUGCUAUUGUCCCUGGGCCGGGCGGUGACCGGAUUCACUGGCUUGGCGGGUGCGCCGGCUCCGCGGAAGAUGCCCGACCAAGCCCUACAGCAGAUGCUGGACAGAAGUUGUUGGGUGUGUUUUGCCACCGAUGAAGAUGAUAGAACAGCUGAAUGGGUUAGACCAUGCAGAUGCAGAGGAUCUACAAAGUGGGUGCACCAGGCUUGUCUGCAGCGCUGGGUGGAUGAAAAACAAAGAGGAAACAGUACCGCCAGAGUGGCAUGUCCUCAGUGCAAUGCUGAAUACUUAAUAGUUUUUCCAAAGUUGGAUAAGAAAACAGAGUCAACAAAUUUAUUUAAUGGAAGCCCAUCAGCUUCUAGCAAUGUAUUGGAGUGCCUGCUUUUCCAUUGUAUAUCUGCUGCCUUAGCAUUGAUCAAAGCUCAGCAGAAUAUUCACUCAGGUCCAGUUGUAUAUGUCUUGGAUCUUGCAGAUAGACUGAUCUCAAAAGCCUGUCCAUUUGCUGCAGCGGGAAUAAUGGUUGGCUCUAUCUAUUGGACAGCUGUGACUUACGGAGCAGUGACAGUGAUGCAGGUUGUAGGCCAUAAAGAAGGUUUGGAUGUUAUGGAGAGAGCUGAUCCUUUAUUCCUUUUAAUUGGACUUCCUACUAUUCCCGUCAUGCUGAUACUAGGCAAGAUGAUUCGCUGGGAGGACUACGUGCUUAGACUAUGGCGCAAAUACUCAAAUAAACUACAAAUUUUGAACAGUAUAUUUCCAGGGAUUGGUUGUCCUGUUCCUCGAAUUCCUGCUGAGGCUAAUCCUUUAGCAGAUCACGUCUCUGCCACCCGAAUUUUGUGUGGAGCCCUUGUCUUUCCUACUAUUGCGACAAUAGUUGGUAAACUGAUGUUUAGUAGUGUUAACUCUAAUUUACAAAGAACAAUCUUGGGUGGAAUUGCCUUUGUUGCCAUAAAAGGAGCAUUCAAGGUUUACUUCAAACAGCAGCAAUAUUUACGUCAGGCACACCGCAAAAUUCUAAAUUAUCCAGAGCAAGAAGAAGCAUAAAACUGUGACGUGUAGUUGUUCUGCAGUCCUUUCAUCCUUAUGAGUCUGUUGUGUUGUUUUGAUUCCAUCAUUAAUGCACAGUAGUGGAGACUUGUGAUAAGCUGCUGCUAUCAUAUUUUUAAGAAAUAUAAUAAAGAAAGCACUUAGGGCCAAGGAAGUCCUCUCAGUAAUCACGGAACCUAAGGAUGUGAUUCGAUCUCAUUACUCUGUAUGUACUACUUUUAUGGCAGUCAUCUGAACCAUUAUCUUAGCAUGGUAAAUCUGGGCUUUGUUCAUAUUUUCUUCAGACAGAAAUGUAAAAAUCAAUCUGUGCAAAUAUUGAAAAAUGCACAUGCCUUUUUUUACAUGUUCAUGUUCAGUGUUUUCUUAGAAUCAGCAAUUCAAUGAAGGUACUAUGAGGAUUUUUCUCACUGGCAUAAUUGGAUUACAUGUUAUGAAAGAGUACAUGUAAUAUGAGGAAAUGUAAAUUAAAUUAGUUAUAAAUAGCAAACCAAAAAUGUAUGUAAACAUUCAAAUGAUAAUCUGAACAAAUGCAAUUCUGUUGUUUUUCUUAACCCAUGUGAUAGCCUCCAAAAUGUAUAGGGUAAGAAUUCACAGGGCUUCCAGAUCACUUUUUCACUAUUAAAAUUUAUUUAUAUAAUGUUGACA